AUGGCCGACGCUCCAGCCCUGGAGGCUGCGCUGAUUGAACUGACUCAGCUUGGUUUGAGUUCUUGGCCUGCAGCCGCUGCAUAUGCACCAAAAUGGCCUUCGCGUCCCAGUAUUACGCCCAUGAAUUUCUCCAAAAGCACAGGUCGAAAUGGGACUCUCGACCACGCGGGUCAAGCUUUGCUGGGCCUGGGACCCACUCAACCCCCAUCUGGGACGGCUCUCCGCACAUUCCACGCGAUAGGCGUCGCCGCGGCCAAUCAGACCCACCGCUAA